CUCCCCCGGGCCCGCAACGCUCCGAGCGCUCCGCCAGCGCCGCCGCGCCCGCGGCACCGGCAGCGGUGAGCGUGGCAGGCUAUGGGAUGGAUGAAGCUGAGCAGGACCAGUAUGAAGCUCGCCUCAAGGAGCUCUUUGACAGCUUUGACAGCACAGGCACGGGCUCCCUGGGGCAGGAGGAGCUCACUGACCUCUGCCACAUGCUGCACCUGGAGGAGGUGGCCCCAGCACUGCAGCAGACCCUCCUCCAAGGAAACCUCCUAGGCAGGGUCCACUUUGAUCAGUUUAAAGAAGCACUUAUCCUCAUCUUAUCCAGAACCCUGUCAAAUGAGGAGCACUUCCAAGAACCAGAUUCCUCCCCAGAAGCACAGCCCAAGUACAUCAAAGGCGGCAAACGCUACGGGCGCCGCUCCCUGCCGGAGUUCCAGGAGUCGGUGGAGGACUUUGCCGAGGUGACGGUCAUCGAGCCGCUGAGCGAGGAGCCACAUCCUGCUCACAUUGCUGCCAGCCAGGAGCACUGGAAGACGCGAGGCAGCGAGGAGUACGAGGCCGAGGGACAGCUGCGCUUCUGGAACCCAGACGACCUGAACGCCUCCCCUGGUGCCUCACCGAGCCCAGACUGGAUCGAGGAGAAGCUUCAGGAGGUCUGUGAGCACCUGGGCAUCACCAGGGACGGCCACCUGAACAGGAAGAAGCUGGUUUCCAUCUGUGAGCAGCACGGGCUGCACGCGGCGGCCGGGGAGGUGCUUGAAGAGGUGCUCCAUAACCUGGAGCAAGAUGGGACCAUGAGCAUCGAGGAUUUCUUUUAUGGCCUGUUUAGAAAUGGGAAAUCUCUCACCCCUUCAGCCUCUACUCCAUACCGGCAGCUGAAACGCCACCUCUCCAUGCAGUCCUUCGACGAGAGCGGCAGGCGCACGACCACCCCCUCGGCCAUGCCCAGCACCAUCGGCUUCUCCCUCUUCUCCAGCCUGGAUGAUGGGAUGGGCUAUGGCUGUGUGGAGGGGGUCCUGGACUGCUGGCACCAGGAGGGCAUAGAGAACAGCCAGGAGAUCCUGAAGGCUCUGGACUUCAGCUUGGAUGGGAAGGUGAACCUGACGGAGCUGACGCUGGCGCUGGAGAACGAGCUCCUGAUCACCAAGAAUGGGGUGCACCAGGCAGCCCUGGCCAGCUUCAAAACAGAGAUCAGGCACUUGAUGGAGAGGUUUGACCAGGUGGCCAGGGAGAAGGAGAAGCUGCGGUCGGACCUGGAAAAGGCAGAGAAGCUGAAAUCCCUGAUGGCCUCGGAAGUGGACGAUCACCACGCCGCCAUCGAGCGCCGCAACGAGUACAACCUCAGAGAUUUCACAUCUCUGCUGCCAUCACGUGCAGAGUGUGUGUGUGCACAGCUCUCAGAUGAGCUGUCAAGCCAGGAGGAAAACAGCCGCCUGGAAAACGAGCUCCUGGAAACAGGAGAAAAACUGGCUGAGUGUGAAAGUCUGGCAAGCAAACUGCAGAGGAACUUGGAAAACGUCCUGGCUGAGAAGUUUGGUGACCUGGAUCCCACCAGUGCAGAGUUUUUCCUGCAGGAGGAGAGGCUGGCCCAGAUGAGGAGCGAGUACGAGCAGCAGUGCAGGGUGAGCCAUUAUGAAAAGCAGCUGCAUGAGACAAAAGCCCACUGGGAAAAGGAGCAAGAGGAUAUGAGGCAGAAGUAUGCUGAGGAGAUGAAUGUCGUGGAAAAGCAGAUCACUGGCCUCAAAAAUCAAAUAGCAGAGCUGCAGGGCGAGGCAGCAGCGCUCAGAGAGCAGCAGGAGAAGCUCGACUGUAAACACAAGGAGGAGAAAAACAAAUUGCAGAUGCAUUUUGAUGAGGAGAAAGCCAAUCUGCAGGAACUGCUGAGGCAGGAGCAUGAAGAUGAUGUCAGGGCCAGACUGGAGCAGGUGAAUGAGAAGUUCAGGCAAGAACGGGAGGAGCUGAUCCAGAAGAGUGUCUGGGUGGAAGAGAAGAUGAGAGCUGUGGUGCAGGCUCUGCAGGAGGAGAAGGGGGAGCUGGAACAGGGCUUCCACGAGCAGCUGAAGAGGCUGGCAGAGGUGCACGCCCUGGAGAAGGAGGAGCUCCAGGAAGAGCUGCUGAGGAAGCACCAGCAGGAGCUGGAGGAGGAAAGGAAAAAAAUGGCAAGUGACUAUAACAGAAGAGCAUCUCAUGCAGAAACUCAGUUUUCUGUGGACACACAAACACUUGUGAAUAAAUAUGAAGAAACCUUGCAGAGUCUGGAAGGACGUUACCAGCGAGAGCUGCAGGAGCUUGCUGAGCAGCAAAGAGAGGAGAAAUCCCAGUGGGAGUUUGAAAGGGAUGAAAUUGCUCAGGAGGCUGCUGAAGCCCACGAGCAGCUGAAGGAAAGCUUGGCAAGUGAGAAGGCUGUUUGUUCUGCCCUGAGCCAGGAGAAGGAUCUCCUGGAGAAAAACUUCAAGGAAGAAGUGAACAAGCUGGUGUGUGAGAAGGAGCAGCUGGAGAAGGAGCUGAGAGAGCUGAGGAAUGCUGCCCAGGAGCAAGAGGAAAAGAUGAAGGAGAAAAUAAAACAGCUCCAAAAUGACCAUGAAAAAGAGCUAAAGGAGAAAGAUGAACAAAUAUCCACAGUGGAGCAAAAUGGGAAACUGUUUAGGGAAAAGCUGGAGAGACUGGACAGUGAGUAUAAGCGAGAGAAAGAAGAGCUCAAUUCCAAACUUCUUGCUUUGGAGAGUUUAAACAGAGACAUUUGUGAGAGAGCAGAGACAGAAAAGGCUGAGCUGGGUUUGGAAGUCUCAGACCUCCGGGGGAAAAUACAGAAAUUGCAGUGGGAAACACGGAGUUUUUCUGCCCUGCAGAGCCACUACAGGGUCCUGGAGAGUGAGUAUGCAAAAGCCAAGAGCCAGAUCGCUGCUUUUCCUGGUGCAGCUCCUCUGGGAGAUGAUGGGGAUGUUCUCCAACACCUGCAGAAGGUGCACGAGCAGGCAGUGAAGGAGAAUGUCAGGAUGGCUGCCCAGAUCCUCAGGCUGCAGCACCGGCUGGAAGCAGCAGAGCAGGAGCUGCCACCUCCCAGCCCCAGCUGCUCCCAGUCUGGCUCAGAACCGGAGGAAAUAGAUCCCACUUUUGAAGGGUUGCCCAGUGAUUGUCAAGAUGUGGCCGUGGGAGCAGAUUUCAGUGUCCUUCCGCCUCUGGAGGCUGACACUACAGACCUGGAAGAAAUGUCAGAGAUGGAUUGGGAUUUGGAGGAGAGAUGUGUGAAAGCCAGGGCUGGUGGCCACCCUGAGGCACAGGGGUGUUGGAUCCAGGGAAGUCAAGCGGCUCUGGAUGCUGAUGGCAACCAGGAUUGUGACAAGAACCUUUCUUGGGUGCCUCUGCUGCCAAAAGAGAGAGAUCUGGAGAAAGUUCCCAGGCCAGAAGCGCUGCACAACGAUGUCAAACAGCAGAAGGUUCAUCUGCUAAAUCACAGAAUAGCUCCCAAAAAUAAAGGGAUUGUUUCUGAUGCUUUGAAGAUGCAGGUGGAGCUGGAGAGGGCUGAAGAACUGAGUGAAGACUCUCUCGUGCUGGAUCACACUCCUGGGGCAGCAAAUGGUGACCUGAAGAGCGUAAUAGCUCAACUUUGGAAAAGGAUGGAAGAGCUGGAAGACAGAUCCAUGGCACAGGCUGAACUUCUGUCGCUACAAGAAGAAAUUCAGAUAGAAAAUGAGGACCUGAAGGCUGAAGUGAUGCAGUUAAUUGAAAAGAAUGGAGUGCUGGAAGACAAGCUGCGUAGGCUGAGAAGCCUUUGUUGUGAACAAGAAGAAAACGAGGUGGGAAGAGUAAAGUUUGAAGAGGAAAACGCCAAAUUCCUCGUGGAAGAGAAAGGAUUGGAAGAUAUUAAAGAAUCAGAGGAUGUCCAAGAACAAGAUGCUCAAGGAAAAUCAGGUGUGCCCAGGGACACGAGAGGUGGGAAGCUGGAAGAACACCCCACUGCAUUCCCGGGCCAGCAGCACAAGGAUCCCCAAAGCGCCAGCACCACGACACAAAUGGAAAAAGCAGGAAUGAGGGAUCCCAACCCCCAGGUGAAGGAGAACACUGUGGGUCCCCCAGAGGAGAGGAGGGCAGUGACCCAGGGCUUGCAGAGCACGUGCACUGAGCUGCAGCAGAAGGUUGACCUGCUGAGGUGUGAGGCCGAGAAGCUGCGCGAGGAAAACGCCGUCCUGAAAAACGAGGUGACUUUAUUAAACGAGGAAGGGAGCGCUUCCAGCCUGAAACUGAGGGAGCUGAAUGGAUCCAGGGAAGAAAUGAGGCAGAAGAUAGAGGCUGUGAGAAAGGAGAAAGUGGCUGUGCAGAAGAUGGUGGACAACCUGAAAAAGCAGGUGGCUGAUCUGAAGACCAGGAACCAACAGCUGGACUCUGAAAACACAGAACUCAGCCAGAGGAACUCCAAAAACCAAGCAGAUGUGCAGGAUCUCAAUCAACAGCUGGCAAGGGUGCUCAAGCAAAAGGAAAGGGAAGAGGGGAAGUGUACCCUGGAAGAAUGGGAGAAGGAGAGGCUGCUGCUGAAAGAGGAGCUGGAAAAGUCCAAAAUCAAGUCAUCAAAUAUGGUGUCGUCUUUGGAGAUGGAUUUGUCAAAAAUGAAGGUUCAAGCUCAUCUGUUGGAACAGGAGAACCACAUCCUCAAGCAGGAGCUGGAGAAGACAAAACAGCUGCCCAGAUGUCCUGAUCUUGCUGACCUUCAAAAUGAAGUUUCAAGUUUAAUCACUAAAAAUGAAAAGCUGCAGAAAGAGAAAGAAGCCCUGAGUGAGGAACUGAACAGAUGCAUUGAUAAGGUGGCUCAAGUCAGCUGCCUGGAGAGUGCAAUUGGCAGCUUGAAGCAGGAGCAGAAAUCCUGGGAGCAGCAGAGUCAGGCACUGAAAGCACAGCUCAGCCUCUCCCAGGACAAGGUUCAGAGCCUCAAUGAAACUCUGCAGAGCACCAACCUCCAAAUGUCCCGGCUGAAAUCCGACCUGCAGCUGACACAGCAGGAGAAGGAAAGCCUGAAACAAGAAGUGAUGGCAUUGCACAAGCAGCUGCAGAACAGCAGUGACAAGAACCGGGUUCUGGAAGUGGCUGUGCCUCCCUCAGGGCUGCAGGACCAGCAGGGGCCCAUCCACUGGGAUGAGCAGGAGCAGAGGCUGCUCAGGCAGGACAACGAGAGGCUGCAGAGGGAAGUGCAGAGCACAAAAACAGACCUGGCUCACUCCAGGGAAAAGAUCCGACAGCUGGAAUCCACAAUCCUUUCCCUAAAGCACCAAAAGCAUCAGAGCCAGGCAGGGAUUGUCAAAGCCAUAGAGCAGGAGAAGCUGAGCUUGAAGAGAGAGUGUGAACAGCUUCAGAAAGAGUUGUCAUCUGCAAACAGGAAGAUCAGUCAGAUGAAUUCUCUUGAACGUGAACUGGAAACCAGCUCAGAAAACGAAGGGCUGAGAAAAAAGCAAGUCAAGCUGGAUGAUCAGUUAAUGGAGAUGCUCCAGUCCGGGGGGAUGCGUAGCCAGAGCUCCCAGCAGCAAGGCUGUGCCACGGUGCCCAGGGAACAAUUCCUGCAGCUCCAGCAGCAGCUGCUGCAGGCAGAGAGGAGGACUCAGCACCUCCAGGAAGAGCUCGAGAGCAGACCCUCGGGGACAAACAUGCAGCAGGGGGGUCAUGAGCAGCUUCUAAAAAUGAUGGAAGAGAGGAUGAUGGAUGUGGAGCAGAAAUUAAGGCUUGUGAAGAGGCUUCUCCAAGAUAAAGUAAAUCAGCUGAAAGAACAACUUUCCAAGAACACCAAGGCAGACGCCAUGGUCAAGGAUCUCUACGUGGAGAACGCGCAGCUGCUGAAGGCUCUGGAGGUGACAGAGCAGAGGCAGAAAACUGCAGAGAGGAAGAAUUAUUUGCUGGAAGAGAAAAUUGCCAACCUCAACAGAAUAGUGAAGAACUUGGCCUCCCCCUCCUUCAGCCCAGCAGCAGAGAUCAGGUCGUAGCAAAGCUGUUGUGUGUCACAGCCCCGUGCACUUUACUGAAAUGGGAAUAUUUCAGCUUCUCACUGCGUUGCCUUUUUUUACUGAAUGAGUUUUAGUUACAAAUGCCUCCCCAGAGAGCACAGAGCUGAUUCCCAAAAUGGACACUACCCAAGGAGAAUUUUGUUGGUUCCCAAACUGGGUUUCUGUUAAGUUUUGCCUGAAAAUAAUCAUCACUAUGUGAAAAGGCCCCACUUACGUUUUUCUAGGUUAACCUAUUUUGAUUAUUUGACUUUCAUUUAAAAUCCAAAUUCUGAAUUUCCUGUAUUGGAUCAUCUAGAU